GCGCACAUAAACAGUAAUGAUGAAAACAUUACCUUGAAUAAACAUUAAGCGAAUGACAUAAAAGAAGUGUCAAUUAACCACCAUAGAAAGCAUCAUGGCUUCAGAAUUGCCCAGCAGUUUAUCUACUAGUACUAAGUCCAAGGCACCAUUUGAACUACCACCUGUGUUGAUUGAUUUGGAAACAAGACUUGAGCAGUAUCUCAAAAGUCCAGAGAAGCUGCUAAUACAUGAUUUUCGAAGAAGUCAGAGGUUCAUACAAAGGGUUCCAGACCCAGCAGCACUCCUAGUUGUUGAUUUACCUGCCGUUCCAACGACCAUCAAAGUUACUAGAGAUCCUACCACAGGCCAGCUUCUCAGCUACAAAGAGGAUGCUGUGGGUAGGGAGGAUGAAACCUCCAAGAACUCAACAUCUAUGCGCCGGGCACCAGGUCCUCUGGAUGAGGCAGUGCGUGGUAGCUCUAGCAAUUUCCCAUUUUGGCCGGGAGGCAUGGAUGAACCGAGUGCAUCAAUGGUUGCUCAUAGUGAUGGCCUACAGGAACUGGACUUUGAAAAUGGUUUAUUGUCAACUCCUCCUGGAUUCUCCCAGGGCAUGUCAUUCAAUGUGGAAAACCCACCAGAUAAGAUUACAGAGGCUCUACCGAAGCCUUCCAAGAAGAAUAUUUUUAAUGUGGUGGACGUACUAGGCGGUGGAGAUGAUGAUACGUGGCUAAGUGAUGAGGAGCAAUGGGAAGAGGAUGAACAAGGACUACAAGCUUACAGCCAGAAGCUUAAAAGCAUGAAACAGGAGGAAGAUCAGUUAGAGUUGAAUAAAACAGCCAAAAUCCAUAGGAGUGACAGCUUGGAGAGAUUAACAAAGGUAUCAGAUCGUCCUGCAAAGAUGCCACCACCAACAGCAGCACCAACAAUUCCAAGAGAGGAAUGGGCAGUCUGGGUUGACAUUUCCACUCCUGUUGAAGAUUUUUUCAAGAAAAUACCUGAUCUAGCAUAUAAGUGGCCGUUCGAGCUAGACAUCUUUCAAAAGCAGGCGAUCCUGCAUCUGGAGAAUCACGAGUCCGUGUUCGUUGCCGCUCACACAUCUGCCGGCAAAACUGUCGUAGCCGAAUAUGCCAUUGCGUUGUCUGCUAAACACAUGACCAGGACAAUAUACACAUCACCAAUCAAAGCACUGUCCAAUCAGAAGUUUCGAGAUUUCAAGCAGACGUUUGGAGAUGUGGGGUUACUUACAGGUGACGUACAGAUUAGGCCUGAAGCCCAUUGCCUAAUCAUGACCACAGAGAUUCUCAGGUCCAUGUUGUAUAAUGGCGCUGACACCAUCAGAGACCUCGAGUGGGUAAUAUUUGAUGAAGUGCAUUAUAUCAAUGACUCUGAGCGAGGUGUGGUGUGGGAGGAAGUGUUGAUCAUGCUACCGGACCACUGCAACAUCAUUCUGCUGAGUGCCACCGUGCCAAACACCAUGGAGUUCGCCGAGUGGGUCGGGCGGACAAAGAAGAAGAAGGUUUAUGUAAUAAGUACGUUGAAGCGCCCUAUUCCCCUUGAACACUUCAUCUACACAGGUAACAGCACAAAGACAAGUAAUGAGAUGUUCUUGCUGGUCGAUGCCAAUAAGAAUUUUCUCAGCACCGGAUACCAGAAGGCAGUAGAUGCUAAGAAAGCUCGAGCCAGCAAGUCCUCCACACAGUUUGGUGCCAAGGGUACCAGGCAGGGAAAUACCAAGCAGGACAAGGGCGUGUGGCUCUCCAUUGUGGACAUGCUCGGCAAGAAGAAUCAACUUCCCGUGGUCGCCUUCACCUUCUCCAAGAAACGCUGUGAUGAGAACGCGUCUCAGCUGAGCAGUCUGGACCUACUCACAGCGGCGGGGAAGUCCGAAGUACACGUCUUCUUCCAGAGGUGCAUCUCGAGGCUAAAGGGGACAGACAAGGAGCUUCCACAGGUGAUACACAUGCAGGACCUAUUGAAGAGAGGUGUUGGUGUGCACCAUAGUGGCAUCCUCCCCAUUAUUAAAGAAGUUAUUGAGAUGCUUUUCCAGAGAGGCCUUGUAAAGUUACUCUUUGCUACUGAGACGUUUGCGAUGGGUGUCAACAUGCCAGCAAGAACUGUGAUAUUCGACAGCCUACGCAAGCAUGAUGGCACAAACUUCAGAGACCUCCUACCAGGCGAGUACAUACAGAUGGCAGGACGGGCUGGUCGGAGAGGUCUGGACACAACUGGGACUGUAAUUAUGUUGUGCAAGGGUGAUGUUCCAGAGCUGUCAGAUCUUCAUAAAAUUAUUCUGGGCAAGCCAACGAAACUUGAGUCUCAGUUCCGGCUUACAUACAGUAUGAUCCUGAACCUGCUGAGGAUAGAGGCGCUGCGUGUUGAGGACAUGAUGAAGCGUAGCUUCUCUGAAUUUCACACCCAGAAAGACGUCGCACGACACAAGGCAGAGCUGGAGAAGCUAAAGGUGUAUCUUGAUGACAUGAAGCCAAUUGAGUGCCAAUACUGCGAUGAUAGCCUCGAACAAUUCUACACAGCUUGCAAGAAAUAUGUCGAAAUGAGAAACCAUCUGCAGGAUGUGAGCAUGUCACAUCCACAAAUGGUAAAAGCGUUAGCUACUGGGCGAAUACUGGUCAUUCAUCUUGGCAAGCAGCAGCAACAACUCGGCCUACUGUUGAAAGUGACGUCUGGUCGGAACGAGAAGAAGUUCGCAACUCUUGUGCUGACUCAAAAAGAUGAAGAAAUCUGUGAUAAGAGAAAGAGCAAUGCCAGCAAAGAUGCAUCACACGUGAUGGACAGUUUUAGUGUUGACUUGAUAACAGACACUGGCCUCUUUCUGCCUGAAAAUGGAUACGGCCAUGCUGUGGUGGAGCUGGUGGCAGCAGACAUUGUUGCUGUGACGACAAAAACAAUCAAAGUAGCUGCAGACAAAGUGAUUGAUGAUUUUAACAAGCGACAGUUAUUUAGAUUCAAAAAUGAUCCUCCCAGUCAAUCUGCAAGUCUUGCUACUCAGGAGCUGCUACGGCUGACUGAAACUAACCUACAGGGUCUCACUGCCCUUCACCCUGUUAAUGACCUUGGAAUAAGGGACAUCGAUCUUGUAGAACAGUUUAUGGAAUUUAGUGAAAUGAAAGCACCCUUGAAGGACCAUCGUUGUCUACUGUGCCCCCAGUUUUCGCAACACUUUGAGCAGAUGAAGUCCAAUAUGAAGGUGAAGGAGGAGAUCAUGAAGGUCAAGUACCUUAUGUCAGAUGAGAGUCUUCAAUUGCUUCCGGAAUACAGCCAGCGUAAAGAGGUGCUAGAAGUCUUACGCUACGUUGAUGACAACUGCGCCGUGCAGCUGAAGGGACGAGUCGCGUGCGAGAUCGCCAACAACGAGCUCGUCAUUACGGAGCUGGUGUUCGAGAACGUCUUCUCUGACCGGCCGCCGGCCGAGAUCGCAGCACUGCUAUCCUGCAUGGUGUUCCAGCAGAAGCACUGCAGCGAACCCAACCUAUCUCCCACUCUGUCUACGGGUAUUGAGAAAAUCAAGAGCGUGGCAGAGAGCAUUGGCAAAGUUCAGAAGCAGUGUGGUUUGACAGAACCGGUAGAAGACUAUGUGGCAAGAUUAAAUUUCGGACUAGUUGAAGUCACACACGAGUGGGCUAAGGGCGUGCCGUUCGCCGAGAUCACGCGUCUUACAGACGUGACGGAGGGCAUCGUCGUGCGCACGAUCCAGCGACUCAACGAGACGCUCCGUGACGUACGCAACGCGGCGAGGCUGGUCGGUGACCCCGUGCUCUGUCAGAAGAUGGAGGAGGCGUCGAGUCUCAUCAAGCGUGACAUCGUGUUCGCCGCCAGCCUCUACACGCAGUAGCGGCGAUGAUGAAAAACCCCUCGUGGCGGCAUCACUCCUAAGCACGAGCGGGCCGUGUGAGCGUAAACAAAUAUCAAGCUUUGCUAAACAAUUUCUCUCCCUCUGAGAGCUUCGUGAUGUUAUAGCUGAUAACUGGGGCCCAUAGGGUCUAUGUCCCCCAGGGUACUAUCGGAGGGUACCCUGGGUUUGGUUCGAUAUAUCGCAACGUACC